ACGAAAACCACAGUACGCCAUUACUAUUGAACAGCCGUGCAUUCAAUGGACACAAAUUAUGUGGUCUUUAUUUGGUAGCAGCUCACAAUUGAGUCCUUAAACAAUGGAUUAUUAACAGAGGAUAGCAUUCCCCGUCAUAUGAAGUGUGCUGUAUGGAUAAACUCUAUCGCGUUUUGCAGAUUUCCUUAUUACAAAAUUAACGUGAUGGUUUAGAAUCAGGAUAGUGCUCUAGCAGGGACGUGGCCUAGGUCACGUGGUCUGAACGUAUUUUGCGCUGUUUCUGCAUUUAACAAGUUUAUUUUGCAGUGACAGGUCAUUGUGUUGGUUGUCUCAUAUAUUUUUGACAGAGCUAGACCGACAAAUUUGAAGAUUAUACGCGCCAUGACCUGGAUUUUGACAUUUGAAAAGCACAAGUAAACCUCGAGAGUAAUUCUACAAGUCACGUGUUUUUGUUUGGGUCAUAUUUAUUGAUCUUUUGUACUAGAACUAGAUUUCAGCCAAAGAACGUACUGGAAACUGUUUUAUAUGAAUUUAUUUGAUGUUAUUAUCGAUAAUAUUCAACUGUCAUCCAGAAUUUAAUUGGUGUUGCAUAGUUUGCAUGAUGAAACCUAAAUGUCAGGUCCGUUGUCCUUGAGACUAUGUUGUAUUGCUACAAUGGCUCCAGCGCUGACGGAGACAAAUGGUCAGUCACGAAUACAGUUGUCGGGUAGCCCACCACCUAUUGUAUCAGACAGCUUGAUAACUAAGGGAAACUGUUCUGUCAAACAGAGUUCUAAACCUAUUUCACAUUCUGUUGAUAUUAACACUUUAAAAACAAGAGUUGGAGCAGAAUCUCAGCACCACAGAGGCUUGUUAACACCUAUUCACGGAAACGGGCUGCAGGAGAGCUUUCUGGCCAAAAACGUCAAAAGGAGUCUCAAUCAACUAGGGUUGUCAGACCAGAUACCCGAUAUUGUUAAGCAGAACGGUGACGAGUCAGCGGACAAAUCAGUUAUAGUUGGAAAGAAAAUGAACCAACCCUCUAACGGAAAUGGACCAAACGGUACUGGCCGCAAAUUUAUGAAGCAGACAUCUUUGAUAGAAGAGAAAGCAUUGAAUGGACAUGCAAGUGAACUCAGUGCAAUUGGUGCUGUAAAACAGAUACAUUAUAUAAAAUCAAUUCAAGAUGGCAAUAAGAGGACUGUCAAUUCAACGAAUGGCACUGUGUUGAAUUUGAGUAAGAGAUCCAACAUGUGUCAGACAACAGAAAUUGCGAGUUGCUCUAGUAAAUCUACGAUUCCAUCAUCGUCUGCAGCCAAUCCGAGUUCUGAAAUCAAACUGAAAGUAAAUUCAACUAGUAGUUCCACGACUCAAAAUGUGGAGACUCUUUUAAACACUGAUUCAACAAGUGUGGUACAAGACUGUGCUAUUGACUUGGAGAAAGAUGCAAGCAGAAAACAACAUCUGCUCGAACGGAGGAGUCAGUUUUUGUUGCGCAGAUUAAGGCGUUUACAGGGGCGUCAGUUAGAAUCACAAGUUAAGACCCAAUUAAAAUCAUUUGUGGACUUUCAACAUCAGAACUUGCAAAUCCUUGCAUCAAGAGCAAUAAGACCUUUCAAUGAUCUACCAAAUACUUUCUUUAACAGUAAUGAUAUAAAGAACCUCUCCACUUCAAAUCUUGUAGCUUUAGUCAGAAAACUUCAAGCACCGCACAAUGACAAAAAAAAUCACAAAAGUGUCCUUGUCAUGGAAAAAUCAGUAUCAUCAGAAUCCGAGAGAAAAGCUGGUCAGCUCCGUACAAAUGUUCGCCACUGGAACAUGGCUGUUGAUGGUGAGGCUACAGAGAGCAGUUCAGGAGGAGAGAGCUGUGAAGAGUGGGAGGAUUGUCCUGUAAUCUCUGAUAAAAAGGCACCAACUCCUUUGUACAAGAGGGCAGAAUGGAAAUGGUCUGUGGACCGGGCAGCUAUUGUGGCACGCUGGACCUGGCUACAGGCCCAGGUAUCCGACCUCGAGUACCGCAUCCGCCAGCAGAGUGAGAUCUACAAGACAAUCCGUAGCAGCAAGGGAGUGGUCACACUUUGUGAUCCUCCGGUGGGUCCUGGGGGUGAUGCAGGGACCUCUAAACAGCCGGAUAUGUCACCUGCCAAUGUAGCCUCUGUGAUGAUAAAUGUGAACAAACAAGCAUCAAAGUUGACACAGUCUUUGGGGCCUGGGUUAUCUCCUGGGACUCCUCAAAGGGUGAUGUUAAAUGAUCAUUUAAGUAAGGAGGGAUCUUCUAAGUCCUUAAAUGGCUACAUUGACUCCCAAUCUACUCAGACUUCUACGUCAACAAGUACAAGUACCAGUGACGUUCCUUCUAGUGUGAAUGCUUCUCCAGAUCUCAGUGGACAGGCGAUUGAUGCCUCAUGUGCCGCGGCUCGAUGUAGACCUGUUCGGUUUUACAGAAAGCGAAAACUGUUGCGGACGUUAGGCUUGCAUCAAGCAAGCCACAAAGCUGCUCGCUUAUCUAGUGUACAUUGUCAGUGUUAUCCCCCAGUACAGCCUUGCCCAAUGUGUGGUGGUCGAUACAACAACGUUCAGAAAGUGGACACAGAGGGCAUGCCCAUUAUGGAGAAGGUGUCUCUGCUUGAUCCCGCGUUCCAUCCAGUUCUUUCCUUUCCUCAAGAAAUUGGCUUGCCAUUACACUUUGAGGCAUUACUUAAGAGUGGAGAAUGGCAAUCCUCCAAGUCACAACCGAAAGUUACGGUCCGCACCAUAGCUGCGGAGAAAAGGAGGCAGAAGCUGCUCAAUGCCCAGAUGAAAGACCAAAUAAGGAAAAAUAGAAAGCGUUUCAACAAGACUCCAGCAGCUGUCCUGUUGUCUUCAGCAAAGCUACGCAGCAAGUAUGAAGGUAAAUCUCCGACCAAGGCAGGAAAGAAGGUCACCUCAGACAAGCUUCGUCGGAAAGAGUUGAAACGAAGGAGGGCUGCUCAGCUGGUUGCAGCAGCCCAGAAGCGUCCUCUGCUACCAGGAGAGGAUGGAGAGUUUGGUUCCCAUGGCAGCUCUCCCCAGUACCGGGAUGGACUCUCACACAGUGCUUCAUCUGCGUCACUAAAGGAGCAGAAGGAGGCUCGUAAGAAGAGGUUUGAGAAUGCGUACGACAUCAACAACAUCGUGAUCCCCUACAGUAUGGCCGCCUCCACGCGUGUAGAGAGACUGCAGUAUAAGGAGAUUCAAACACCAAAGUGGAGAGAGGUGGGGUCAGAAGCAGCUGAGGAGCAGCCAAGUACUCCUGAUGGUACAGACAAAGAAAUGACGGAGGAAGAGGAUGUCUCCGAUAGUGCUUUCCUUCAACGACACGAGGCAUCAGAAACUGAUGAGAGGAAACGAUUCAGAAGCUUUGUUACAUACCCCCCUUCUCGUCGGACACGAUUGUCAAGAGAGAGCGAGAGUAAUGCGCUUGACGGAUCGUCCGAGUUCGUCGGAGGUAUGGCAGAGUCGUACGGAAGCUCGUGUGAUAUGAUGGCUGGUUUAAAUGAUAGCCGGAGACGGAGUGGCUCUACGUCAACAUCCCGUAGGUACAGUUUUGCAGAUGAAUAUCCGUGUUCCAGCUUUGAGUAUCAAACUGAACCAUUCCAACCAAGGGAUUUUCCAUUGCCUGAAAAUACUUACGAGGAUAUGAAAAAAGAGCAGAUUAGUGCUCUUAAAGUGAAGCAAAAGUUUCGACGGGCAAGAACUUUUAAAGUUCAGAAUGAUCUUGCCACUGAGUUUGUUAGUGGGGACUAUGAUGAAUCGGAAAAUCAAGAGGAAGUGGCCUUCGUGCCGCCAUCUCCUGAGUAUUCGGGCUCGACGGACUCGAAUGUGGACGAUUUUAACGAUCCAGAGUGGAACGAAAGCCCGAGUGAGAGAAGAGCGUCAGUUGGAAAUAAAUGUAACAAGAGAUGAUGCCGUUAAUGAUUGUUCAUUUGCUGUAAAAAAUGAUAUGGUAUUGGAAAGUGGAGAGGUAAUGAAGGGAAAUGAAAAUCUGGUCAAUGAAGUGAUGCUAAAGUAAAGGGAGAAAACUUGUGUAAGGGUUAGGAUUGGAGAUGACUCAGAUUCAUGAUAAAAGGUCCUGUGAUUGAUUUAAAGAUGGUCCAGAAAGAUGUGAUAGUGAAGACUGUAUGCAAAGAGGCGAGGAGAGAUCAGACUACCCAUGUCUUUGUUAGUUGAUGUUGUAAUAUUAGUUGACAGCACAAAUUAGGUGUGAAAGAUGGAGAUUGUGUUCCAUAAUCAGUUAAGUAAAUUCUAUGUAGGGCAAAAAGUCUUAAGAAAUGUAUGGUCAUCACCAGGUUUUGAUUUUUGUAUCGAUGUUUUGAGAUGUAUAAAGUGCAUUUUUGAAGAUGAUAAGAUGAUAUGCUAUCACAUUGUUGUAUAAGAUCAUUAUAUAUUGCAGGUGAUAAUGAUUCUCAUUUAAUCAUGAAACCUACUUGCAUGAACUUUAUUCUUUGUGUUUUGAACAAAAUCAUGUUAUUGAUUACGCAGAAAUACCAAGAUUACUUUAUCAUUUUAAUAGUGAAAUUAAUUGCAAUACUGGUUUUUGAGUUGAUCAGGAUGUUGGCAUUGCAAUUGUUAAAUGAUCGUUUUUGUUACAAAGCACUUGUUUUUGUUUGUACUAGCAUUUUGAUAUCUUUUAUAGAUCUUUAUUCAGAUGUAAGGAACAUUUUCCAAGUUUCAUUACAAUUCAUAAUUAUGUGAUCACUGAUUAGAACUUUUAACAAAUUACUUCAAAAACUUGUUUUGUAUUGACUUAAAAUAUUCCAUGUAAAUAGUUCUGUAAAUAAUCAUUAAUAGUAUGAUAAUGUGUAUAUAGGCUAACUCUAUCACUUCAAACAGAUCAAUCAUCAUUAUCCAUGUAUCACUGUUUUAUCAGCCUUUUUAAGCUCAUCCAAAGAAAAAAGGUGAGGUAUUGUCAUUGCCUUAGUGUCUUGGUUGUUUUCUUGCAAGAAAGAUCACCUGGCCAAGGUUCAAAAUUUGUUCAAGGUAUUGAAAUGCAACUUACUACACAUAAUACCAUAGACAAUACGCACUCGUAGAGCAAGGCCUUCAACUCUGGCAUUAAUAAUUAUUGAGUGAUGCUGUUUGGUUGACCAGAAUAAAAAAAAACUAAUGCCCAUUGCAUUUACUCCAUGAUGCUCUUGUUCAGCUUUUUUGAAUGAAACAUUUUGAAAAAAUAUGCUUUAAUUAUAAGUAGUUGUAUUUGUUUACAAUUUAAUAUGAACUAAGAUUUUUUCUCCAAAUAGUAGGAGCCACUUCAAGGCAUUAUUUACAUUUUAAUUUAAAACAAUCUGGAAUUCUGUACUACUGUUGAAGAUGCAUCUGAAAGUUCUUGUAUCAAGAAUUCGUUCACUAUUCUUUGCUACAAAUAAAAGAGAAACGCACUGUCCGCCAACCAAUAGCAUACACAUGGAUGUAAUAGUAAUCAACCAGUUUUGAACCUAGUCUGGAUAAACAUUUCAUCGCUUUAAAAUUUGGAUGCUAUAAUUUCACAUGAAAUGUAAUUGUUGAAUUUCUUUAUUUUGUUCAACCAUGCCUUGAAAUCCUUUUAAAUAACAUUUUAUUUACACUGUGCUAUUUAACAAAAAGUGUAAAUAAAACAGCGCUGAACUGCGACAUUUGCUGCAAUAAAACAUUCAUCAUCCUUUCGCCACAUAAAAAGGCAUUAUACAUUUGUACAUUAUAUAUAUAUAUGGUCAUGAUUAUCUAUGAAUCUUCUAGCAUAUUUUCCAAAAAGUUCUCUGAACUCUUAAAAAAGGAAUAACGGACCUCCAUGGUAAAUUUUGCACUUGAAAAAAGCUACAAAAUUUCAUACAUUUGCUCUGUUCGUACUAAUUAAUUAACUCCGGAGAUUAUAAACUUGACUGGAAAAAAAUGUUGAAAUAGUUGUUUUAUGUAUGUUUUGGUGACACUUUUCUCUCCAUAAAGUUCCUUUUUGAUUCAUACACAUACAUGUGAUUUUAAUGCCAGAACUUAACACCAGAUAAACUUACCUAUAUUGUAUUGAGUAUACCUGUUGUUUUGCAUUUUCCUUUUGUUAUAUAUAUUGUUGUUAAUUGUGAUCAAAUCAACACCAUUGAAGUGCUAUUAUGUAUGGACUUGCUCCUGUAUUAUUAGAGCUCUCAUUUGAGUAUUGAACUAAUUCAAGAAUCUUUCUUUAAAUUGUUUUAUUGUUGUGUUUUGGAUAGAAUUCAUUACAGUUGUAGUUUAUAAUUUAAUUAUUUAGUGAGAAGAUGUCAUUCUUAAAAAUAAUAUUUCUAUAAAGUCUAAGAUAGAUCUAUCAAAUUAUGAAACGAAAAUAUAUGCUUUGAUGAAUUUAAUCCUUUUUUAUAAGCCCGAGGUCUUAAAUACGUAUCAAAAAAGGAAAAUAAUUGACUGACAUACCUAGAUAAAGUAUAUAUCGUAUGUAUAAAAUCUAAUGACUUUGUAGAACUAACCGUUAUAUUAUAUAUGAUUUGCCUUGUUACUUACACUGGUGUGUAACGAAGAUUGUUAACACUAUGAAUGAAAAUUAGACAGUAGCUAUUCCUGUGCAAUUCAAUGCUUCAACAUUAAACUACCAUGGAGGAA